GGCCCCGCGCCCCUCCCGCACCGGGCCGGGCCGGGCCGGGCCGGCCAGCGCCGCCGGGCUCGGAGCAGCGCCCGCCCGGCUGCAGACAGAAGAUCAAGGGUGACCCUCCAACAGGAGAACUGGAAGGGGACCUGCAAGGAGCCCUGCCUGCUCCAGGGUGGGAUUUGGCAGCCCUCAGUCACAGUCUCUCAGAGCAUUGGAGGCCCCUGUGGGAGCCAGGAGCAGCUUGUGGUGGACCUGUCAAGCUUGUACCAUCUUAUGGUGGUGCCAGGGCCUCGCUGUGUGCCCAGGCAAGGUGAUGGACAGCAGGGGGGAGAUGGAGGUGGUGAGGAGCACCAAGGGCAGUGCUGCUGGGGAGGUCAGUGUCCACGUGGUCAGCACUGAGAGCACUGUGCAGAGCACCCACCUGCCCACCACUGCCUUCAUCAUCCCAGCAAACGCCACUGCCAUCAACCUUCCCACGAGCACCUUAGAAAUCCAGCGGUUCCCCCGGGAGCCCCAGAGGAGCACAGGGGCUGAGAGGCCAGACAGGGGAGCAGGGAAUGAGCCCAUCACAGCUGCUGUCAUUCCCCAGAUCAGUGGGGUGCAGACCUGCAGCACAGUCCGUGUGCUGGAGUGGAAAGAUGGGGUGGCAACUUUGCCUGGGAGCAACCUGCGGUUCCGGAUUAACGAGUACGGGGCGCUGAAGGUGGUGAGUGCUGACAAGAUGCCUCCUAUGGAAGCUGUAAAGGAGGCUCACCCAGAGAGGGACGGGGACUGCGAGGUGGCACCCCCCAGCAGAGACAAUCCUUCUGUGGCUCAGGAUGUGGCAGAGCAGCCCACGCUGCCGGCGCCAGAGGGGCUGUGCCACUGCGACACCUGCGGCCGCAGACACCUGUGGGACGGGGCCCGCGAGGGCAGGGGCUUCUGCAGCGAGCACUGCCACCAGCAGUUCAAGGAGAGGUCUGUCAUUGUGGAAAACUCUGCCAGCAGCACCAAUGCCACUGAAAUCCUCAAGCCUGUGAAGAAACGAAAGAGGAAGGACUAUCAGAGCCCCUCAGAGGAAGAAUAUGAAUCUGAGCAAAUGGAGGAAAAGCAGGAAGAGAGGAAAAGCUCUGUGGAAGACUCUGCCAUGAGCAAUCUGGAGGCUGAGGCGUGGAACGGGAGCCAGCACGGUGCCAGUGAGGAGAAGAAAGAAGGCUGGUCUUGGGCGUCCUACUUGGAGGAGCAGAAAGCUGUCGCUGCCCCUUUAGAUCUCUUCCAGGAUUACCAAGUAGCUUCCCAGCACAAGAAUGGCUUUAAGGUGGGGAUGAAGCUGGAGGGGAUCGACCCACAGCACCCAUCCAUGUACUUCAUCCUGACAGUGGCUGAGGUCUGUGGCUACCGCAUGCGUCUCCACUUCGAUGGCUACUCCGAGUGCCACGACUUCUGGCUGAAUGCUGACUCCCCUGACAUCCACCCUGCUGGCUGGUUUGAGGAGACAGGGCACAAACUCCAGCCCCCCAAAGGUUAUAAGGAGGAAGAAUUCAGCUGGACAAACUACCUGAAGUUAACAAAGGCUCAGGCAGCUCCUAAGCACCUCUUCAUGGUCCGAAACACUCACGAGGCUUCCCCAGGCUUCAAGGUGGGCAUGAAGCUGGAGGCCGUGGACCGCAUGAACCCUUCGCUGAUCUGCGUUGCCACAGUGACUGACGUGGUGGACAAUCGCUUCCUGGUGCACUUUGACAACUGGGAUGACACUUAUGACUACUGGUGUGAUCCCAGCAGCCCGUACAUCCACCCAGUUGGGUGGUGCCAUGAGCACGGCAAACCUCUCACACCUCCUCAAGAUUAUCCUGAUCCAGACAACUUCACCUGGGAAAAAUACUUGAAAGAAACUGGAGCAUCUGCUGUCCCAGCUUGGGCCUUUAAAGUGCGCCCACCCCACGGCUUCCUGGUCAACAUGAAGCUGGAGGCAGUGGACAGGAGGACUCCUUCCUUCAUCCGAGUGGCCAGUGUGGAGGAUGUGGAAGAUCACAGGAUAAAGGUCCAUUUUGAUGGCUGGAGCCACGUGUAUGAUUUCUGGAUUGAUGCAGAUCAUCCAGACAUCCAUCCCAUGGGCUGGUGCUCAAAAACAGGACACCCAUUGCAGCCUCCUCUCAGGCCAAAGGAACCAGCCUCCUCUGCCCAUGGGGGCUGCCCAAGCCUGGGCUGCAAGAGCAUCCCUCACUCCAAGAGCUCCAAGUACAGCUUUCACCACAGGAAGUGUCCCACGCCGGGCUGCGACGGGUCAGGCCACGUCACGGGGCGGUUCACGGCCCACUACUGCCUCUCAGGGUGCCCGCUGGCAGAGAAGAACCAGGGCAGGCUGAAGGCCGACCUGUCUGACACCGAGGCCUCCACCCGCAAGAGGAGCCCCAUGGGUUUCCCUCAGCGCAAGAAAUCUCGGCACCACGGGAGAGGGAGACCUCCAAAGUACCGGAAGAUGCAGCAGGAAGACUUCCAGACUAUUUCUUCAGACAACAUGCACCAGUCACUCUUCAUGUCUGCCCUGUCUGCCCACCCCGACCGCUCCCUGUCCCUGUGCUGGGAGCAGCACUGCAAGCUGCUGCCAGGGGUGGCUGGCAUCACAGCAGCCACGGUGGCCAAGUGGACCAUUGAUGAGGUUUUUAGCUUUGUGCAGACUCUGACGGGUUGUGAGGACCAAGCCAAGCUCUUCAAGGAUGAGAUGAUCGAUGGCGAGGCGUUCCUCCUGCUGACACAGGCUGACAUCGUCAAGAUUAUGAGUGUCAAGCUGGGCCCAGCACUCAAGAUCUACAAUGCCAUCCUCAUGUUCAAGAAUGCUGAUGACACCUUAAAGUGACUUCUCUUGGCCCAGCUGGGACCCUCCCUCAUCACUGGUGCUGCCAAACUGUCUGGUCAGGACAGGGAUUCCCCCAGCCAGCUGCAGCUUGUCACGUCCUGCUCGUGUCCUCCCGGGUGCCACAUCUCCACUCUGCCACCAGUCCAUCUCCCAUCCUCUUCCUUCCAUGCUGCCCUUCUGCAGUGCUGGCCCAGGCUGGCCCCAGGCCUCGGGGGUGCUUGCAGGGAAGGAGGGUGGACGUGGCACUGGUCCAUCUUAGUGCCACAGCUGCCCCCACGUCCUGCUGUGCCUGCCCCAGCUCGGGGGGGCUGGGGGAGCCCUGUGGAGGGGCUGACACCCACUGAGUCACCCAGGCAGGGGAAGGGACUGACUGCCUGCAUCCAUUCUCACACCCACUUCAAGGCUGCUCUUGCCUUUGCUCAGCAGCUGAGAGAGAUUUGGGGUUUUUCCCUCUGUGUGAUCCUCUGGGGGUAUUUGUGCUUAUACUGUUUCCAAGGGAAGUUCUUUAGGAGCUUCUGCUCAUUUUGCCUUUUCUCUGAAUUCUUUUGACUUUCCCUUUUUAAGGCCAGUUGAUGACUGCUUUGCCCCUGCACUGCACUGCAAACCAGUGGUCACCUCUUGCCCCUUCAGGGAGUCCUGGCUGUUGCUCUGCCCACGACCAGCACCUGUGCUUUAUUCCUCUUUCCUGGAAUGCAGCAGCCCCAGGGCAGGACCAGGGCUGGCUGGGUGCAGAAAAGGCUCAAUUUCUUCUUAAGCUUUAGACUGUUUUGUCCAGCACUUCUCUGAGAGAAAGGAUGCUUGGAUAGCUUGUUCCCCUUGCACCUAUUAAAGACUCCUUUGCAAAGGAAGUCGGGUCCUCUUUGGUCCUUGCACUAGGAGCAAGGCCCUCUCUAGGGUGGAGACAGCUGCCAAGGACAAGAAGCAUCCAUUGCUCCAGCAGGCAGAUCCUCAGUUGCUUCUGAAGGCAUUCCUGAGUUGGCUGAGUUGAUUCUGCCAAGCUGCCUUCUCCCCCCUCUUUGCCCUCACAAGGCACCCAAGUUCUGCUAUCUGAAGAGCAGGAUCUUCUGCUGUCCCUGGAUCCCUUAGCUGCAGAGCUAAAAGAAAUCCAGCACUUUGCUGGUUUGUUUCUAUCCUUUUCAGAACAUAGCACCUUUCCAGCAGGGCCAUAGGCAGAUUGGGAAUGCUCAUGUUACACUGUCCCUUGUAAUGGAGGAGGGACCAAAGGGCUGCAGAGCCAGAAAAGCCACCAUUCCUGGGGGUCCUGGCAGAGUCCCAGCAGCUUCGAUAGGUCCCUGUGCCUCCUGGCAGUCCCCACACUGCUCUCCAUGGUAUCUGAAUCCUCCCACACCUGCUGUGGGAGCUGUUGCAGCAAGGGGUGGCUGUGCCAUGCUGGAUGAUGGCCACUUGCCCAGAUGGCCAGGCCCCUGCCAUGGGGCUCUCCUUAGGCUGCAGCUGGUCCCUUCCCUCCUUUCCCAUUCCCAACAAUCACUUUCCAGGAAUAAAACAAUUUCCCCCCUUUCCCAGUGCCCAAAAACAGGGAUGCAGAGAUGUGAGCAAGUGCACCAGCAACGUGUCCUGGAGCAGCGCUGCCUUGGGAGCCACUGCCACCUCUGAAUCAACCUCUUUGAGGCUUCCCAUGGAAAUGUAGCAUUUUGACUCUGUUAUUGAAUAUUUGGGGUCAGGUUUGACCUUCUCUUGAAACGUCUGCUGCUUGCUCUUCACACAGGACUUGCAACUUGUCCAUGUCUUUGUUUUUUUUUGUUUUUUAUAAUUGCUUGGGUUUGAUUUAGGCAGCUUUCCCUCUCCUUUUCUUUCUUAUGUCCUUACAUCUCUUCAGUGUGGCCAGCUGUGGAGAGAGGCAGUGGGAAGGAGCAGCUGUGCCCCUGGGUCCCAGAGUCACUCCCCAAGCCACCCUUCAUCUGCAGGAAGUGGUGUGGAAGUUGGUUUCUUCAGCUGAUAGAGUCUCUUUCUGGGCCACUGUGUGCUGGGGGACAAGAGGAGCCCUGGCACCUUCAGCCCAGGCUGUGAGACUUUUCCAGGUGUGAUCUGGAAUAAAAAGGCUCCCUCACACUGGAGACAGCCCUUGAGCUUGCAAGGACCCGACUUAGGAAAGCUUAGUUCUCAUCUGCUAUAUUGCCACGUGUGAAGUUGUUCCUCCUGCUGGGGAAGGGACUGAGCACCACCCCAGGGUGCUGGGAGAGGAGCUGCUACCCAGGCAUCAAAUCUGAAACUGCUGUGAAGGAGGGAGAGCCUUGUGUCUCACAGGGCUGCCUGGCAGAGCAGCGCUGGUGAGGAGCUCAGAAGAUCCUGCUGAAGGGGAAGAUGAGCCAUGAGCCAAGCCCUGGCUGUCCCCAGGGCUGGCUACAAGCAGCACCACCAGCUCUUGCUCUGCUGUUGGGUGCAGCCGAGCCCUGCACUGCCUGGGCAGCAGCCACACAGGCAGAGGUGCAUCCCUCACUGCCCUGGGCUCUCCUCAGCUCCCUCUGCAAAACAUGACCUGACCUGAGUGCCAGGGUGCUGCCCCUCGUCUGGGGUCUGGUCCCCACUGGUCUGAGCUCUGUGCCAGGAGCAGCUGUCAGGACUGGCAGGGGGUGGGAGAUGGGCUGUGCCACACCUGCUGGAUUGAGCAUCGCUUCCUCAGUCUCUCAGGCUGAUGUGCCUGUUGGGGUACAAAGCUGCUGGAUUUGUCUGGAUGAGGGAGUUACAGGGUUUGUUGGUGGUCAAGGGCUAUUUACUGUUAAAACUUAUAACCUUCUGUGUCCUUUAAAACCAAACCCAAAGCAUCGUGUACGUGUGGAUGGGUGAUUGUGGGAGUACCAUGACGCCAUUCCCCUGCUGUUGGUGUGUUUCUGUUUUAGGGUGGGGGUCUCUGGGGCUGUGGAGGCAGCAGACACCCAUCCCAGGGUCUCAUGUGAUGUGUCCUCUGUGAGCAGUUGUCCCUGGUGCCAGCAGGGAGCCCAAGAGAAGGAAGGUUUGCUGCACCCCUGGCCUUGGUGGUUCCUCCAUCCCCACAGAGCAUUGAGUGGGAGUUCCCCCUCAGGGACUGUCAAGGACAGCUGUAACCAAGGCAGAAGCACCAAAGUUUUCUGUCCUUCCCCUGUUGCCUGACCAGAUUCCUCACAGGGAUGUUCACUGCUGUGUCACUGAGAAGCCAGACAGGACAGUGAGCUGGGUCUGGCCCACAGGUUUCCCUCUGGGCAUUUCUGUGACUGCAGCCAGCACUUCUAGGUCAAUGAAGAGUUCUUCAAGUGGAAUGUUUUUCUGAGUGGAGGUCCCCAAAUCUCUGUUUCUGCCAUUCCUGCCCCUGCAGCUGGUGUUGGGAGGGCUUAGCUUGAGCCAUGGGAGAGGUCCCCCUACAUGCUCCAGCCUCAGCUGUGGGGUGUCUUCUGGGGGGGCUGGUCUGCAUCUGACUCUGGUAUGUGGGAGCAGUUGGACACUCUUGGGAAACUGAUUCCUCCUCCUUAUGGAAAUGGGCAGCACUGGGACAAUGCAAGCCAAGGUCUCCAUUUCCAUGAGAGCAGCCAGCCUGGAGCUCAGCAGGGAGGGCAGCCCUGCCUGUCCCUGCAGAGCACAGCUGCCCACCCUGGCCUUCCUCUGCUGCUUUCCAUGGCGAUCACAAGCACUUUUAGAAGAGAACAGCACCCUCCAAAUGGUCCAGGAGGGCUGGGGGCUUAGGCAGCUGCUGCCUGCAGGGGCACAUCUGGGCCCAUGGGUGCAAUGAGGGUGCUGGAGGAGGGAGCCAGGAGAGGAGGGGAACCUCCUCAUCCUCCAGGAGGUUCCUCAUUCCUCAUCUUCCAGGAGAGCUCCUGCUGGAUGCUGGAGGGCUGCAGCUUGACUCCCUUCUUCCAGCCCAGCCCUUCCCUCUGGGGCCUGAGGCUUGCUCAUCCUUGGAGGGGGGAAUGGGGGCCAUAUUGUGGAGGGAGUGUGAUUAUGAUAACAAAAGCUUUUUUGCACUUUCAUUCAUUUUGCACUCUUUCUUAAUUUCUUUUUUUCUGUGUUUUUGAUAUUGGCGCCUCCUCUCUGUGUUUUCAUAAUGAAAAUCUUUCUGUUGUACCCAGUGCAGCUAUUCUGGAACUGUGUGUCCUGAAUGUACAGAGAUUUAAAGGCUCUAUAUAUAUAAAUUUAUAGUGGUACAAAAGUAAAUUUAUAUAUAUAGAUGAUGGUGUGGUGUGUUUUGUCAGUGUUUUAAAAUAAUAAACAAAUGUGAG